AUGAAGCAAAGAGCCAAUCGCCGUCGUUCGAGUGUCCGACCUUCUCAUGUCGCUGAUGGGCCUGUCUCUCCUCCAACGGAGGUGACUGCCCCAUCUCCUGUGGUUGCAUCUAUGCCAUCUGCAGUCGCCACAUCGCCUGGUCGGGUUGUGUCCCCUGCUCUUGAUCCUAGUUUGGCUAUGGACAUUGUUCCUAUUCCACCUACUGUCCCGGAGUCGUCUCCAUCUCCUCCGUCGUCGUCCCUUCCCGAGGUGGUGACUGCGUCUGUUCCUCCAGUCAGUCCCUCGGUCAAUGUACUCCAUGCCCGUCUGCCUUGUUCAGUUGGUAAGUCUUCUUCACCCGACUCUGUAUCUUCUCCUAAACGUGUUACUCACUCCUCUGUCGUGUCUGUGUCUUCACCUGGUGAGUCCCCUCCAUUGCCGAACCCAAACCCACCAUCUGCGUCUCUUCUCAAGUCACCUUCUAUGUGUAAGCAGUCCUUACCCAAAACUCCCAAGACUCGGUUUGCCUCCAAACCCAAACCCAAACCCACACCCAAACCCCAUGUUCCUGUGCAGUCCAAAGGAAAAGAAUCCAAGUGUGUCUUUAGCCCUAAGGAUUCUGUGUCUUUCGUUGAUCCAUCAUCUAUCCAAUACUUUGUUGAUGCUACCAAGGCCUCGCAUUAUCAAAGCUGGUUUGCUGUGAGAGACUUGUGGCCUGAAUAUUCUGUUGUGUUGGAGGAUUUUCCUGAUUUAGUUGAACUUUUACAGUCUAGGCAUUGGGUAAAUACCGUGUCCAAAUUGGUGUCUCCUCAUCCCAUUCUCAUUAGGGAGUUUUAUGCUAAUUUAGAUAGGUCUGUUUUAGAUGGGCAAAAUGACGAUUGCCUUACUGCUUUUGUAAGGGGUAGUCGUGUAAAAUUUGCUCCAUCCACUAUUGCUCGUGCUCUCAAGAUUCCAAAAGGGAAUCAUGAUAUUCCUGUCACAAAGUUGACUAUUUUCUAUCGGGUUCUUCAUCGUCCGGCCUUGUAUAAUUGGUUUCCCAAUUCUCACCUCUCAUCUGUUACACUUGAGAUUGGGAAGUUUUUAUAUGUUGUGGGUACUGGCGUGUCUAUUGAUCUGGCUACUCUCAUUUAUGAUCAAAUUUUUUAUGUCGCCUCCUCUACUAGUACUCGUAACAAGCUGCCUUAUCCAAUCCUAAUUCAGCAGAUUAUUAAGCCUGCCGAACCGUCGUUGACCACUCACGACUUCCAGGUUGCGAAUCCUAUUUUGCCUAAAAAAUUUCUGGAAGCUCUCAACAAGAAGUUAUAUACCGAGUUCAAGGCCUUCACUACACAUUACAAGAAAGAUCAGAAGCGGCAAAUGGCCUUUGAAGCAUCUAUGUACAAGCUUGUUCAAGUUGUCAAGACCUUGGUUGUUCAGUCUGAGUAUGGCUCUCAAUUAUCCCCUUUGAUUGAUGUUUCUCCACCAGCAUUUCAUCGGGACUCCUUUGGCGAAUCCUCUAUGGCUCCUGAGUCUUCUAUUCUUAUUCAGGAGGAGUUCACUAGUCCUACUCAGGUGCCUCCAGUCUCAUCUACAGUGCCUCCUGCUGACACAGAGUUGGACACAUCAGUUUCACCAACGCUUCCUGAUGCCCUUCCUUAG